AGAAAAAAAACAUUUGGCCAAGAAAUUGGUGUUCCAGUUCCUUCUUUUCGUUCACAGCCCUGAAUUUGCCAUGGGAAAAGAGAGGUUGCCCCAAAUAUGAAUUCGUUGUCUUCAAUCGCCCAACAAUGUAACGGACGUUUGCCCCUCAAUCAAAGUUUGCCCCUCAAUCAAAGUUGGCCACGAAUCCAAACAUAAAUCUCCAAUAAUCCAAACCACCCAGGCGCGUAUCCAAACAUAAAUAUCCAAUAAUCCAAACCGUGCUUUAGCUUUAAUGCUUUCUCUUUGUUUUUUUUUUUUUUUUUUCUCUGUUCACUUCUCUGGGAGGUUGAGAUUCUUGCUUUCUCUUACACUUUACCAAGCGCAAAUUGUGUGUUUUGAUUCAAUAAAACCAGCAUUUCGCACUUAUCAAGAGAAAAUGGAGAAGGCAAUCACCAGAAAUUGCUGCAACAAUCAACUCUGGUUGGUCAUUCUUGUCUCCUUUGUUUUCUGCUUUGUAUUGUUUUGCUUUGAUUAUUCAGCCCUAAAUGGAACCCAAGAAAGGGUUGCUAUUUUAGUCAGUAAUUAUGAAAAUUCAAUCUCCACCCACAAAUCCAAAUCCCUCCAGGUCCCUGAAAAUCUCAAUGAAACCUCUAUUACACCCUUGAAAACUGAUUAUGUUAAGGAUUCUUGUUUGGGUCGAUACAUUUAUAUUCAUCAUCUUCCUAGCAGAUUCAACGAGGAAUUGCUCGAGAAUUGUGAGUCAAUCACCAGAGGGACUGAGCAUAAUAUGUGUCCUUACUUGGUUAAUUAUGCUUUGGGUCAUGACGUAGAAAAUUCUCAAGGAAUUUUGUUAAACAAGAGUUGGUACUCCACCAAUCAAUUCUUGUUAGAAGUUAUUUUCCACUACAGAAUAAAGAAAUACAACUGCUUGACGAAUGAUUCUUCCCUUGCCUCAGCUAUUUAUGUUCCAUUUUAUGCGGGUCUUGAUGUUAGCAGAUAUCUUUGGGGUGUUAAAACAUCAGUGAGAGAUCAAUCUGCUUCUGAUCUAGUCAAGUGGCUUGUUGAAAAGCCUGAGUGGAAGAAAAUGUUGGGUAGGGACCAUUUCUUGGUCGCAGGGAGGAUUGCUUGGGAUUUUAGAAGGAAAACUAAUAAUGAAUCUGAUUGGGGUAGCAAACUUAGGUUCUUGCCAGAAUCUAAUAACAUGUCAAUGUUGGCAAUUGAGUCUAGUUCUUGGAACAAUGAUUAUGCUAUACCAUAUCCAACUUGUUUUCAUCCCUCAAAAGACAGUGAAGUGUUUCAAUGGCAAGAUAGGAUGAGAAGACAAAAAAGGCCAUACUUGUUUUCUUUUGCUGGCGCUCCAAGGCCUGAUCUUCAAGAGUCUGUUCGAGGAAAGAUUAUUGAAGAAUGCCUAGCUUCAAAGAAUUUGUGCAAGUUGUUAGAGUGUGAUUAUGGUGUUAAUGGUGCUAUUAAUUGUGAUAAUCCAGUGAAUGUGAUGAGGCUGUUUCAGAAUUCAGUUUAUUGCUUGCAGCCUAGAGGGGAUUCAUACACUAGGCGAUCCAUAUUCGAUUCAAUUUUGGCAGGGUGCAUUCCAGUUUUCUUUCAUCCAGGUACUGCCUAUGCACAAUAUAAGUGGCAUUUACCAAAGAAUUAUAGUAAAUAUUCUGUAUAUAUACCUGUGAGAGAUGUUAAAGAUUGGAAAGCUGGCAUAAACGAGACAUUACUUGGAAUACCACAGGAUAGAGUAUUGGCCCUGAGAGAGGAGGUUAUAAAGCUGAUUCCAAGGAUUAUAUAUGCAGACCCCAGGUCUAAAAUGGAAACCUCUGAAGAUGCAUUUGAUUUAGCAGUUAAGGGAAUUCUUGAGAGAAUAGAGAGAGUUAGGGGGAAAAUUAGGGAGGGAAAGGAUCCUAGCAUUGGUUUUGCAGAAGGGGAUGAUUCCAAGUAUACUUUUUCUGGGUAUGUAGGAGAAACUUGAACAGAAUUUAAUUCAUUAUUGCAUUAGGAUUUUAUCAGUGAAUGUUCUUCCAGCAAUUAUUAGUAAACAAGUGAUGUAAUCAUAUAUACAAGGGCAAAUAUCCAUAAUAUAGUUCUUUCCUCUUGCUUGUGAUUAA